CAGCGGCAUAGACCAACGUAGACAACUUUUCAUAUCCAAGUGGCUUUGAGGGAGGAAUCAUGUAUCGUUAUUGUCUCUCUUCCGCAGUUUGAAUAGAUUUUGGUCUUUCAUUUGCUCUAUCCAUACCGCAAUGCCUCCCAGCCUAUCGCCCGUUCGCACCCUCUCGCGUUGUCUGCUGCGGCCUCAAUCUCCCAUCCACCCACGGUGUCAAUGGCAUCCCUCAAGUAUACGGCAAGCUUCCGCAGCAGCAGGAGCACGACUCAACGGUACUGUCGAGUUUGAUUCCACACCCAUACUACAGCAUACUUCACGAGCAGCGCUAGCCAACCCGGAGUUACCCCCCGAUGUCCGCAAUGGCCAGACGAAGCGCAUAAACCUCUAUACUGCAGUCAACGAAGCUCUCCGCCAUGCUUUACAGACAGACGAGAGGGUACUUGUAUUUGGCGAGGACAUACAAUUUGGCGGUGUCUUCAGGUGUACAAUGAACUUGGCUGGGGAUUUUGGCACAGAUCGUGUGUUCAACACUCCGCUCAGUGAACAAGGUCUUGUUGGGUUUGCUAUAGGAGCGGCGAGUGAAGGAAUGAAGCCUGUUGCGGAGAUUCAGUUUGCCGACUAUGUCUAUCCGGCAUUUGAUCAGCUUGUGAAUGAGGCGGCAAAACGGAGGUACAUGUCGGGGUCGACGGGGUACAAUUGCGGAGGGCUGGUAGUACGCAUGCCGUGCGGAGUGGUCGGGCAUGGAGCACUUUAUCAUUCCCAAUCCCCAGAGGCACUCUUCACUCAUAUCCCAGGCCUACACGUCGUGAUCCCCCGGUCGCCAUUGCAGGCCAAGGGUCUUCUAUUGUCUGCCAUUCAAAGCAAUGACCCAGUAGUAUUCAUGGAGCCGAAAGUAUUGUACCGAGCGGCUGUCGAACAGGUGCCCGUUGAUGCAUACCAUCUUCCCCUUGACAAAGCGGAGGUACUGAAAAGCGGAAAGGAUUUGACAGUUGUGUCCUAUGGCACGCCGUUGUAUACAUGUGCGGCAGCCAUAUCAGCGGCAGAGAAGGACUUUGGGUGCAGCGUGGAACUGAUAGACUUGAGGACGAUAUACCCUUGGGAUAGAAAGACGGUGGUGGAUAGCGUGAAGAAGACAGGAAGGGCAAUGGUAGUCCAUGAGAGCAUGAUGAAUGCUGGCGUAGGUGCCGAGGUGGCCGCAACGAUACAGGAGCAGGCUUUCCUGCGGCUGGAGGCGCCCGUGAAGAGGGUGACUGGAUGGGCAACUCACACGGGUUUGAGCUUUGAGAAGUUCAUCAUUCCAGAUGUGACGAGGGUAUACGAUGCCAUAAGAAAGACAAUAGAGUACUGAGCUGGGUCUCCUUCGAAUGUAAAAGCUACUCCACAACUUCCAAGGCCGCCUACGCAGCGGCACCCUAUAAUGAAGAGCUUAUUUUCAAGGCACCACGCUUACUCUGAACCUUUCCCGUUGCUCAGGCUUGUGUGUUUUGACAAUCUCAAUGCGUUCCGUUCAACCCCUUCUUGGCCCUUCAGAGACCUUUUCGCAACUGGUUUGUGACAGCAGGUAAUGCGUGCAACAGUAACGAAUGGGGACAUCUGCAUACCGCGCGGUCUUUCACGUCCGACUGCACAGUCAAAGGUCGCAAGGGCAUAUCAAGUCUGCCAUUGGCUUGAAGCGCAUCGAUACAGGUACAGUGGAAUCUCGCUAUAGG